GAGCUUAGGACCAAUGGCAGAAGAGGAUUCCUCCCGCAGGGUUCCAAUGGACCAAUGGGAGGACACACUGCGGUCCCGGGGCGGAGUAUUCGACCAAUGGGCGGUGGGUCCGGGCCCCGCGGCCAGUUUGAACCUGUUGGGUAGAGUAGCUGGACGUGGGACAGGCACGGACGCACUGCAGGGAGAUCUCAGGCCAAGUCAGGGAUGACUUCGGUGUGGCAGGGUCUGGGAGUGACCAGAGGCCGCAGAAGCCACCAGAUGCUGACAGAGGAGAACCAGAGCCCAGAGCCAGACCUCCGGAAGCCACCAGCCAGCUCUCUGGACACCCUGUGUACCCGCCUGAGCAGACGCCUGCCUCUGGGAGUCCUCGAUGCCAACUUUCGGGAUGGGCCCUCCUGGGAGCCCCUGGAAGGCUCAGAGAGAGCACAGGGGGCUGGCCGCUCUGCCAGGGAGGCCUUGGGAUCCGUGGCUCAGAAAAUCCAGAAGUCAUGCCAGGGAGGCAGCCAGAGGAGAGACACGGGCCAUGCCCACGGGGGGAGCACACACCCAACAAGGAGGAGGGGGAGUGUCCGGCUGUCAGGGGCUCCCUCACCAAGCUCUGGGGCCAGAUGGCGGACCACCACCCCUUCAUCCCAGGCCUCAGGGCUGAGAAGCCUCUCCAGAUGGAUCACCAAGGACCCCCUCCUUCCUCUGCGGAGGCACUCCCAGCGGGAAGCAGCCCUCCGCAGCCCAUAUUCAUCCCCAGCUCCUCUCUGCUCCACGAGAGGUGGGCGCUUGGAGGAGGAAGAGGAGGUGGAGUCUGUGGCCAUGGGCAUCCAGCAGCUGAAGCACCUGUCUCAAGCCUUUGAUGAGGCCAUUGCCACAGACGAGAGGGAAUGGGGGAUCUGGAGCAGGGCUGAGCUCCUAAGCCACAGCUGGUUAAGCGUGUGAAAGCAGUGUCCGUGGUUGGGCAGGGGAGCCGCCUUAGCCAGAGGCCCAGGACAGUUCUGGGAACACCAAUCAGCAACCUCAAAGGCAAGGCAAGUUUUUAUUUGUGACAGCACUAGAGAGGCAAAGACCAGCUCCCAUCAAAAGUGAGACCCUUUGUAAAAAUUGCAACGCCUUGAUUCUGAGAAAUCUGGUGUUGUACAUGUUUAGACCCACUUUGUACAAGAGCGGCAUAAGAAAGAACCUUUGUCACCACAGAACCUCACUGACAAAUGAUAUUGGAAACUACAUGGAAUUAAUGGAGACCGUCACAAGAGCCAAGAAAAAAGGACAUUGUUCCAGAGACCCUGGUGAAGUGGGGGUCCCUGGCGAGGGGCACGGCUGCCUUCCUCUUCCCACACACCCACAGGGGUCGGCCAUGGAAGGCUUCACUUGGUCCAUCCUUGCUGGCUCUGGGACUCCCCAGCUGCCUACCCAAAAGCCACAUGAGGGUCUCGAUUUCACUCCCACCCCAAAAGGACC